AUGUUUGACAACACCCAGUACCCCUACAACUGCUUUAAUUAUGAUGGAGAUGAGUAUCCAACCUGCAGCUCGGAUGAGGAGAGAAGGUUCACCAGACCGGCAUACAGCUACAUUGCUCUAAUUGCCAUGGCCAUCCAGCAGAGCCCUUCCAGCAAAGUGACGCUGUCUGGCAUUUAUGACUUCAUCAUGAAGAAAUUCCCCUACUACCGGACGAACCAGCGAGCCUGGCAGAACUCCAUUCGUCACAACCUUUCUCUCAACAGCUGCUUCGUCAAGGUCCCCAGAGCAGAAGGCAAUGACAAAGGCAAGGGAAACUACUGGAGCUUUGCAUCGGGAUGCGAAUCCAUGUUGGAUCUCUUUGAAAAUGGGAAUUACAGGCGGAGGCGGAGGAGGAGGAAUGUGAAAAGGGAGCCCAGAGAAAAAAGGUCAAACGGAGAGAGAGACUGCCUGCCUGUGUUGUCCGCGGUGGAUGCGGGCUUCCCCCACAUCGCCUGUCCUGGUGAGAGAAUGGAAUCCCAAGCUAAACCUCUGGAGCCUUGCGAGCUUUUUCCAAACACUGGCACAAGCCAAGGGAGUCUAAACAGCUCCUCCGUAGGAAAAUCUGACUCCGAAAUUAAAUUUAGCAUUGAUUACAUUCUCUCCUCUCCAGACCCUCUGCCUGUCCUGAGGUCUCCGUAUCAUAUGCAAGAUAAUAAAUUCCACCUCUUGGAUUCACAGCAAAUUAACCUUCAGUUUUGGACAAUGUGA